AUGAUCAUGAUCAUUCGAUUAUUGCUCUGUUCAUUGGUGAUCAUCAUUCUAAUUGUUAAUCAUAAUUAUGCCAUCAAUGCUAGAUAUUUUUAUGAUUUACAUUAUCCAGUCUAUCAAAAUGGUAAUGGCCAAUAUUAUUCAUUUUGUUCAUUUGAUUGGAAUCAAACAUGUGGUUAUCGGCCACAACCAAAUACAUUACCAUUCUAUGUAAGUGAUGAAAUUGAAACCUUAUCAUCAUUAGGUAUGAUGGUAUUUGAUGUAUCCAAAGUUGAUCGUGAUCAAGCAUCUGGUGCCAGAAUUUCAGGACGUUUUUAUCCCGCAUAUAAUUUCACCAGAGGUUGUUUAAUGAUCAAAUCAUUAACAUAUGGACCGGCUAUUUCAAAUUGGAUACUACGACAACGUGAUCGUACGGAUCGUAUUCUUUAUCAUUAUACAAAUAAUUGGCAAUCGAAAAUGGCCCGUACAAAUCUCGAUGAAUAUUGGACAUUUCUAUCGUUACCAAUCGAUCUUCGUAAUGGUGGUGUACAAUUUUUUUUCGAUGAUUCUACUAUCUUGACAAAUAUUAAAAUGGUAAAGGCACCAGAAACUCCUUAUGGUCAACCAUCAGAUUCGGAAUUAGUGUAUGGACAAAUCGACAACGUCGAUGUUUACAUUCUUGGUCGACAUGGUCGCCAACAUGAUAUUAGUCCAUCGAAUGUUAAUUAUCGUGCUAAUCUUUGGACAUUGAAACAGCUAGGCUGUACACAUGUUUUGGCAACAUCGGCUUGUGGUUCAUUAAAGGAAAGCAUAGCGCCUGGUCAUCUGGGAAUCAUGGAUCAAUACAUUGAUCGUACAAAUGUACGUGGUGGCCGAUCAUUCUAUAAAGUGGCACAUAUUCCACAACCUCGUCCAUUUGAUCCAACCGUACAGGAUAUCCUGUACAAAAGUGCCAACGAAGCUGGCUAUAUUUGUCAUCGAGCAUUAACUGCCGUCUGUAUUGAAGGACCUAGAUUUUCAACAUUAGCCGAAUCACGUUUAUAUCAAUCAUGGGGUGCUGAUUUGGUUAACAUGACAAUGGUACCCGAAGUACAGUUGGCCAAUGAACUUGGUCUAAUCUAUGCAACGCUUGCCUUAAUAACUGAUUAUGAUUGCUGGCAUUCAGAUGAACUAUCAGUAUCGGUUGAUCUUGUAACCAAAACCCUUCGAGAAUUAUCAACAAAAGCCAAAGAUGUGCUGGUCCGUUCCAUUAAACAUAUGAAACAAAUUGAUUGGACCAAACAUUUGGAAAAUAAGGCCAUUAUUGCCCGUAAUUCGAUUAUGGUUGAAUAAUUUGUCGAAUAUAGUUUUUAAAAAAUUUUAUCAUAAUUUUAAUAAAUAUAAAGUGUUGGAAAAUA